AUGGCUUCAGGAAGGUCAUCAAUUUAUCAAGAUUUGUCUGAGAUUUAUGAUAAUGUAAUCAAUAAGGAACAUCCUCGAAAGCUGAUACCGGAACUUUGCAAGCAAUUUUACAAUCUUGGAUGGGUGACUGGCACUGGCGGUGGCAUUAGCAUCAAACUCGACGAUGAAAUCUACAUCGCGCCGUCCGGUGUCCAGAAGGAACGAAUUCAACCCGAUGAUCUCUUUAUACAAAAUAUUGAAGGAGAUGAUUUACAAACUCCACCGGAUUAUAAAAAGUUAACAAAAAGCCAAUGUACACCUUUGUUUAUGCUGGCGUAUAAAGAGCGCAAUGCAGGAGCUGUUAUCCACACGCAUAGUCCUGCGGCAGUAAUGGCAACAUUACUUUGGCCCGGAAAAGAAUUUCGUUGCACUCAUUUGGAAAUGAUUAAGGGUAUUUAUGAUUACGAAUUAAAUCGUAAUCUUAUGUACGACGAAGAAUUGGUGGUGCCUAUCAUAGAAAACACACUGUUUGAGAAAGAUCUGGAAGAGUCGAUGGCAAAUGCACUAAAAGAAUAUCCGGGCACUUGUGCCAUACUUGUACGCCGCCAUGGCGUUUACGUGUGGGGUCAAAACUGGCAAAAAGCAAAGACAAUGGCUGAAUGCUACGACUAUCUUUUUUCGCUGGCAGUAGAGAUGCAUAAAGUUGGUCUGGACGCUAAUGCCGUACCUAAGCAAUACUAAGCACCUCGCCUGGCUGAUAGCGAGCGAUACUCCAAAACUCACAAACGAUAAUGGAUCAACGUAGACUUGGAAGUAGAAUUAGAAUUGUUAUCAUGGUUUAUCCAUGAAUUGUCUCAGUGCAUUUCCUACCGUUGUAUUGUUUUAAUUGAGAGCACAAUCACAGGGUAAUAUUUAUAUUGCAAAUGAUGUAUGGAUUGAAUAAUGGAGAUAUGCAAACAAGUGAUAGAACGAAUGUUUUGUACGAAAUAUUAGUAAGUUUUUGAACUCGAGCGCUGUUUCCAGCACCAUCCCUCAACCAAGACCAAGUUUUCAUUCGAGCCUAGCACGGCAUAGCCAUAUUCCAAUUUUAUAAAA